AUGCGUCUAACCAAGGGAAUGCACCAUCAGGCUGCUUUCAAUGCACUCCCCAGUGUCAAGAGUACUAUUGUUGCCCUGGUACUAACCAAGGGAAUGCACCAUCAGGCUGCUUUCAAUGCACUCCCCAGUGUCAAGAGUACUAUUGUUGCCCUGCUGUUGUGGAUGCGGCUGUUGGGACCAGUGUGA